AGCUUACCUGAAACCUUUGUGUGUGUAGUUUGAAUAAUAAUGUUAUCAUUUUGAUGGGAGUUAUUUUUCUAUUUUUACUGUAUACAGCAGGUUUUGUAAUUAGGAUCUCUAGAUGGUAAGGCAAUAAUGAGGACAACAUUACAUAUUCCAGUAUUCUUUGUGCUUGUGCUUCAUGUCCAACAAACAGUUGCACAGACGUUAUGCCAGUGUUAUGCCAAUUUCAACUCAGCAGAUGGGACAUGCAGUAAUAUUUUGGGUCAAGUGUCAAUUGAUGACUGUUGUAUGAACCCUUCAUAUGGCUAUCAGGAAAACGGCGUUUGCAAGUCUUGCAGGCUUGCUUCAUGGAGCACAUGGUCCCACUGGGGUCCAUGCUCAGUGACUUGUACUGAAGGAGUGAGGCAGAGAAAACGUGCCUGCUAUGGCUUUGGGCGGUGCCAAGACUCAAAGUUGCUAGGACAAAUACAAACUGAACCUUGUGAAGUCAUCAGCUGCUGUCCAGAAAAUGGAAACUGGUCAGAGUGGGGCGCAUGGCAGCCAUGCUCAGUUACAUGUGAAGAAGGAUCCAAAAGGAGGAAGAGGACCUGUUCUAACCCCUCUGCCAAGUGCGGUGGUUAUUGCGAAGGCCCUGAUGAGGAAGUCAAAGAAUGUGACACAGGGAUUACCUGCCCAACUCAUGGAGGCUGGUCUGCAUGGGGUAGCUGGGGUGCAUGUGCAGGGACAUGUGCACCAGAAGACGGGUUUGCACCUGAACAGCAGCGAUACAGGACAUGUUCAAACCCCCCACCAUCUACUGUACCACGUGGCAAUGACUGCCCAGGCUCAAACACAGACAUUCGACACUGCACAGGACUGCCUUUUUGUGCAGUUAAUGGUAACUGGGGUGCAUGGUCAGCGGCCUCUGUUUGCUCGGUGACGUGUGGAGUGGGAAAACAGACACAGCAUCGUAGAUGUGAUAAUCCUCCACCCAAAUAUGGUGGUCAGGACUGUCAAGGAGAAAAUACCAAAACACAGCUCUGCAUUACUCCAGAAAACUGCCCAGCUAAUGGUCAAUGGGCUGAGUGGUCUGAAUGGUCUCCUUGUGACCCACCAAGUACAAGACCAAUUACAUGCAAGAAUAAACAAGGACGGAGAAGAAGACUCAGAGACUGCGUAGGAAGGGAAUAUGAAGGAGCUUUCUGUGAAGGAGAGGGUAUAGAUUUUGAGCGCUGCUAUGAUAUUGAAGGCUGUAAAGCUGGGGCUGAUCAACAAAUACCAAAAGCUGAAUGGUCACCAUGGAGUAAAUGGAGCUACUGUAAGCCUGACUGUGGGGACAAUUCCGAACAGACAAGGAAGAAGGAGUGUAGACCCGACAUCUCAAAGUACACUGAGAAGAAUUAUGAGAUUUUCUCAGGAAAAGCAGAUAUUCAAUGCCCAGCCACAGAAAAAACAGAAGAAAGCAAACCCUGUCAAAAUGUUCCACCAUGCUAGACUAGAUUUGUGGUCAUCAGUUGCUAAAUGAAGUAUUCAAAGGAGAUUUAUCUUUAAUGUUUUCUAGCCUUUCUUUCUGUGAUGCCUGUUUGUUUAAACUUUCUGAUUUUCAGUCUGCCAAUGUUUCCCAAAACCAACCUAUUACUAAAUACAUUGCCCUUCAAAGAGGUGUGGUCAUUUUACUGCCAUAUGAAAUACAAUUGUAACAUUUCUAACAAUGUGUUUUUGUUUUAUUUAACUUCAUGGAAAGACUAAAAAAGUUUGUAACUUUGAAAAUUAUAUAUUUUAUUAUACUAUGCAACAAUCCUGCCAUAACCUGACAUAAUGUCCACAUGAUAAAAAUGAAAACAGGAUACAUCAAACACAAACACCUUUAUGAUCACACCAUGGUCCAGGUGUGAUUCUUAUGUACUGCAUGAAAUGUAGCUGUAAUGCAUUGAAUGUUAUGACGCCUUCUAUUAUAGCCAAAAUAAACUUUUUCAGCAAUUUGUCCUACA